AUCCCACAAUGCCUGUCUCGGCGAGGAAAAGAAUAAACGCACAGUCAAAGGAGUCCUUAAAAAAAAGGUACAUUCUCCCUAAAAGCCGCUGCAGUUUUUCUUCUCACCGUCUAUGGCGAAGUUGAACUCGGACUCCGCUCUCUCCCGCCGCAUCGCCGUCUCCUUCCUUAACUUCCUCAACUCCGUUGAACCUGCACCUGGAGUAGAUAGCGAAGCGCUUGAGGUUGCUAGGGAAUGUUUGGCCGAGGUUUUUAAGAUUGAUCCCUCUCAAGUUGAGAGCCAGCGGAAUGGUGAUUCAUUAAUAGAUACAUUUCGUUCUCGGGAAGAAACUACGCUGAAUGGGAGUAAUAAUGUGGGAGCUUCAGAUGUACCUUCUACAUCAGAGGGUUCACGGUCGUCGGGUGAGGAUUUGACAAGAGAAGCUCAUUCACUUGGGGAAGAUGAACUUUUUGGGCAAUUUUUUGGUGCUCUGGAAAAGAUUCAUUAUUUCAAAAGCAUGCCUGAUGGAAAAGAUGAUCACGCACAGCUGGAUAGAGCAACACAUAUAUUUCAUAAUGCUGUGGAUGAAAUGCAAAAAUCAGGAUGCGAGAGAGAUGACCUGAAAAACUUGGCAGAGACAUUAAAAUCACAAGGUAACAAGGCGAUGCAGUCUAAACUUUAUAACGAGGCUAUUGAGCUGUAUACUUUUGCUAUCGCGCUAUGUGAAGAUAAUGCUGUUUACUAUUGCAACAGGUGCGGCAUAGUCCCACAUACUGAUUCAUGCAUUUUAUGUGAAACCUUGGUUGUGUCAGAGCUUCUAUCUUAAAAACCUAGGGACUAU